AUGGCCCCUCUCAUCCGCGUCAUCGGCUCCCUCAAUGCCGACAUGGUUUCCGUGACUCCUCGCUUCCCUGAUCCCGGCGAGACGAUCACCUCCUCCUCCUACUUCACCAGCGCCGGCGGCAAAGGCGCCAACCAAGCCGUCGCCUGUGGCCGACUCUCUCGACCGAAACCUACAACCGAAGGCCUCAACACUCAAAGCGAUGUGACAGUUGAGAUGGUCGGCGCUGUGGGCGCACUAGACGGCCACUUCUCCGCAUUGCUCCGCCCCACGCUCGACAAAUCGGGCGUGGAUACAUCUCGUGUGCGGGUGAUUGAGGACGCAUACACCGGUGUGGCAGUCAUUAUUGUGGACUCGUCUGCUGGCGGGGAGAAUCGCAUUCUCUUCUCCCCUGGUGCUAACUAUACCGGUAUGCAGCCUAUUCCCGACGUACUGGGUUCCGCGCUGGCUGCUCCAGUGCCGGAUGUGAUUGUCAUGCAGGGCGAGAUCCCUGUGGAAUCUGUUGUUGGGAUUCUGCGUGAGAUUGCCGCGUUCAAGGCGAAGAACCGCGCUGCGGGCAAGCGUGGUAUCGAGCGUGGGCCGGAUGUUAUGCUGAAUCCGGCGCCGGCACCGCCGGGUGGUUUGCCCCAGGAUGUCUACGCGGCUGUUGACCAUUUGAUCCUCAACGAGACGGAGGCUGAAUUGAUGAGUCCGCCAGACGAGCAAUUGCUCCGUGUGGUCCCAGAUGCAGCAGGCCUGGAUGAUAAUGAGAAAGUAGCGCGGUAUUUCCAUAAGUUGGGAGUGAGCUACGUGCUGAUUACGCUCGGGGCGAAGGGAGUUUGGUACAGUGCUACGGACGGGGGCACUACGGGUCCUAGUGAUUGUGUAAAACGCUUCACAAACGAGAUCCCCGCUGCGCCGGUGUCUCAGGUGCUCGAUACGACAGCAGCGGGCGAUACAUUCGUGGGUGCUUAUGCGGUCAAGGUUGCGCGAUGGCGCGAACAGCGCCGUGUGGAUGGUAAAGCCGGGCUGGACCUGGUUGAGGCUGAGAGGCCGUAUCGGUACCAGACGGUGAUGGACGAGGCCAUGCGGUUGGCAGCGCGUGCGUCUGCUCGCGCUGUGGAGCGGCAGGGAGCAAUGGACAGUAUACCGUUUGAGAAUGAACUCUAA